CAAGCAGAUGCCUCUAACAACUGGCAAGUUGCAUCUUGUACUAAAACUGAAGCACCAAUAUAUUGAACUGGCAAGUUGCAAAAUGUUGUUGCUUUUGAAGCUGUUGCGCAGCAAUUAAAGGAAUUGGCCAUGGAAAUGAUGGUUUCAAGUUCAAGGAAUUUAAGAAAUUUGAGAAUUGUGACUGAAUCCGAUGUGCAAGAUGGUUUUCAACAAGGACAUCUAUCCUCUCAACAUGAUGAAGGGUCUACUAACAGGAUAGGU